CAUCCGGACGCUAUCCCGCUAUAAACCUCCCUACAAAGCAAAUUAGAGGCCGAUUUCAUAGCCAUCUCUCUUCAAUCCUUCCCAUAAAUGACGCACUAAUCCCAAAAAACCCCAUUUUCACCCCUUUGUUGCACCAAACACAACUCAACAAUGGAGUUUGAUCCGUUUGCGAAAGGAUCCACUGUAGAAGUAAGCAGCGACGAAGAAGGCUUCCACGGUGCAUGGUACGUCGCCACCCUGGUGGACAUAGUAGAGGCUUCACCGACGAAGAAAAAAAGGUCAUCCAGCGAGAGGAAUAGAAAUAGGAAGAAAGUCGGGUAUUUGGUAAGGUAUGCUACAUUGUUUGAGGAAGAUGACGCCACUGUGCCUUUGACGGAGAUCGUACACCCUUCGUACGUAAGACCUUUACCCCCGCGUAAUCCUCGCCGUAAGAAAGACAACAAGGCGGGGGCAGAGGCGGAGACGGAGGAGGGUAGUGGUGGUGGUGAUGGUGAUGGUGAUUUUCAGCUAAACGAUGUCGUAGAUGCGUACCUUAGAGAUGGGUGGUGGAUCGGUGUGGUAUGUAAGGUGAUCGUCGUCGACGGAGAGAUGUCAAAGUAUCUUAUUUCGUUUGAAAGCCCGCCGGAGGAAAUAGAGUUCGAAGCGUCGCAGAUACGACUUCAUGUUGACUGGACCAAAUCCGGCUGGAAGCUCAGACGACAGAAGAAGCCCAAUCAGGAAUCCACUGAUAAAAAUACCACACAUACAUCAGAGUCCAACAAUGAGUCUCAUUCCGACUUCAUCACUCCUAACAAAGUUUCAAUGACUGAUUCACCUUACCUAACCGUUGGACAACGGCUUUCAACUAAAAAGAGAAGUCAUUCACGAAAAAAAGCUGUAACUAAUGCUGAGAAAGUUGGUGUGGUGAAUGGUUCGAUUACAUAUCGCAGGACUAGACGAGUUGUGAAUGUGGAUGAAGAAGAAGAAGAAGACUUGCAUGGAAAUUUUCAAUCUUUUGUUGUUGUGGAAAACUCAGGGAGCAAGGGAAACACUGAAGAUAUGGUCUCCAUGAUUGAAACAAAUGGAGCACAAGAUAAAGAUCAAGAGUUACUUCUCUUGGAGCAAGAGAUGAUUACCAAUGAAACUACCGAAACACAAGAUGGCAAUAGCCAGCUGAAAAGAAAGAGGGGAAGAAAAUCAAAGUUACCAUUUCAAUCGCCAAAUGAUUCGUUAGAAGAUGAAGAUCAAGAAGCAGGGAAGAGGGGUUCUUCUGGUGUUCAUGAAAUCACUACAGAAGAUGAGCAACCACUAUCCCUCUGGUAUCAAGGGAUGCAGCCUCUACCUGUUUUCAAGAAGAGUUCCUGUUAUACCACUCUUGAUCAUGAUGAACCAAUCGAUGCAUCCAAUUCUACCAUGGUCAACGACAGUCAAACCACCAAAAACCACCGCGUUUGGCCUUUCGUCAAGCGGUCUCCAAUCUGGGCCACCAUCGAAUCUACCGAAUUAUUCCAAAACUUAUCCCAAAACCCUCACUUUUCUCCAUUAUGGGAAACCAAAGAAGAUUGCAGAGAGGGUUUAGCAAUCGCUCACAUGGUAACAUUUGCAAAUGUGGUUCAACGCACCACAAACCUCCAAUGGACCGAUUCAAACCAUCUCAUCAAGAACACUUUGGAAACUUUAGUUGACUUGGAAGCCAACGGGUUCGAUGUGGGCCCAGUUCGGGCCCGUUUGGAUGAAUUGCUCGCUAACAAAGAUGAAGCGGGCCGGCUCGAGGGUGAAAUGAAAGAAGCUGAGAAAGAGGUCGAGAAGUGUAACCGUGAAAAAAUGGCGAUUGAUGAAGAGAUUAAUGGGCUUGAAAGGAAGAUGAGGGAGGUGGAAGAGAAGAUGGUGAAAGCUGUGGCAAUGAAGAAUGUGAAAGAUGAGGAAGUUAUGGUGGUUAGAUCCAAGUUGCAAGUUGUUUCAAAGAGGAUUGCUGAUUGGAAGUUGGCUUUUGAGGAACUUGUUGGGAGUCCUUUGUGAGUAAUUGUUAUUAUCUAACUUUGCUGAUGUGGGAAACUGGUUGUGGUUUGAUUAUUGUAAUUGUUAUUAUCUAACUUUGCUGAUGUGGGAGACUGGUUGGUGUUU